AUGAAAUCCUCUCUUCUCGCAUUCCUCGCAGUGGGCGUCGCGCACUCGGCCGGCCGGCUGCUCCACGCUACUCGACAUGGACUUGUACCAGAUACUGUCACGUCCAAUGUCAUCCCCAUGCGCAAGCACAUUGUGCCUUCUUCCGAACACCGCUCCAGUGUCGUGAAACCCGUCUACCGCAGGACAGCAGACGUGAACCACCCGGCCAACUUGACCAACGUGCACGAUGUCUAUUACAUCGUCGAUAUCGUUGUUGGGAACCAGACUCUCGCUGUCAGUGUUGACACAGGAUCAAGCGACACAUGGUUUGUGUCGGACUAUUUUGAGUGCGUCAGGUUCUGGUGGCAGGGUCCAGAAUAUAAACCAAACUGUGGACUAGCAGACGGCUUUACGGGCAACCUGUCGGGCGGAGUCCUGGACAACCCACCAUUUGUCCGAUCCUACAUGGAUACCACGUUUGUGUCGGGCUAUUACGGGUUCGAAGAUGUCACUGUUGGAUCAAUCACAGCCAAAAACCAACGCGUUGGAGUCGUCAAUUACACGUUUUGGGCGGGCGAUGGCCUUACCUCGGCAUUGCGCUCUCCAGGGAGAGUGGGAACCAGGGCGAGGCCGGAUGGGGAGGUCAGGACGCCAGAAGGGUCCUACUUGGCACUAGGUGGUCUGCCACCCGUGGAGGUGGAUGAGGAGAGCUGGGCGAGGACAAAGAUUCACGGUGUUGACGCUAUCCCCGAGUGGAUGUUUGAGCAAUCAGACCUGGGUUUAUACAUUAUUAAGCCCGACUCGUGGGUGUACGGACGCGAAACGGAGGAUGUCACGCCGGCUGAGGCAGAUCAGGGCGCUGUCACGACACAUGGGCUGACGACAAACACUACCCAGUUUCCCGUUCUGAUUGACGUGGGGGCUACACUCAGCUUGCUUCCUAAGGGUCUGGUUCAGAAGCUGUACGCGGCGUUCGAUCCUCCCGCCAAAUACCUGAGCACCAACGGCCUGUUCUUUGCCCUGUGCAAUGCCACCAUCCCCAAAUUCGGUGUCAACAUUGGCGAAAACACUUUCUACUUUGCGCCUGAGGACCUGCUGCGUCAGACGGCUCGUGAUCCAUCUGGGGAAUAUUGUCGAAUUGGGGUCACGGACGUGAAUGGGGGCCCCUAUGUCUUGGGCGUGUCAUUCUUGUCAAGCGUGGUCGCCGUUUUUGACAUUGAAAAUACCGAGAUGAGGUUUGCUUCAAGGACAAAGUAUUGA